AUGCCGACCGUCAAGCUCGACUCCCUCCGCGAGCUCCUCGAGCAUGACGCCUGCGUCAAGGUCGCCGGCGUCGACGUCGACGGCAUCCUGCGCGGCAAGGUCAUCUCGAGGAAAAAGUUCCUCUCCAUCGCCGAGGCAGGCUUCGGCUUCUGCUCCGUCAUCUUCGGCUGGGACAUGCACGACCAGACCUACCUGCGCGAGCUCAGCGUGUCCAACGCGGCGAACGGCUACCGCGACAUCCUCGCCAUCCCCGACCUCUCCACCUUCCGUCGCAUACCGUGGGAGAAGAACGUGCCCUUCUUCCUCGUCAGCUUCGUCGACCCCGAGACGAAGAAGCCGAUAGCGGCCUGCCCCCGCGGCCUGCUGCGCACCCAGCUCAGGAAGCUCCAGACCCAGGGGUACGGCGCCAUGGCCGGAGCCGAGUACGAAUUCUACACAUUCAGGGCCCCAAACUCGGAGAGCUCGCCCGCCGCCUUCCUGCAGCAAAACCCGCCGCACCAGCUUCCGGCGCUCACCGAGGGCAUGUUCGGCUACUCGCUGACGCGCCCGGUCCACAACAAGGACUGGUACUACGACGUCUACCACUCGUGCGCCAAGUUCUCGUGCGACGUCGAGGGCUGGCACACCGAGUCGGGUCCGGGCGUCUACGAGGCGGCCCUCGAGUUCGGCGAGGUCGGCGAGAUGGCCGACCGGGCGAGCCUCUUCAAGUACGUCGUCAAGAGCGUCGGCGUCGACCACGGCGUCACCCCCUGCUUCAUGGCGAAGCCCAAGCAGGGCCUGCCCGGCAACAGCGGCCACAUGCACAUAUCGCUCGUCGACGGUGACGGCAAGAACCUGCUGGCGCGCGACACGCUCGACGACGGGGCCGAAUGGAGAGACGUCGCCGGCCUGUCCGACUUGGGACGCCACUUCCUCGCCGGUCUGCUCGUCGGCCUGCCCGACAUUAUGCCCAUCCUCGCGCCGACCAUCAACUCGUACAAGCGGCUCGUCGAGAACUUUUGGGCCCCCGUCACCGUCUCGUGGGGGUUCGAGCACCGCGCCGCCUCGAUCCGCAUCAUCUCACCGCCGACGUCGAAGCCGGGCGCCACCCGGUUCGAGGUCCGCGUCCCCGGUGCCGACACGAACCCGCACCUCGUCCUGGCCGCCAUCCUCGGCUGCGGCUGGCGCGGCGUCGAGAAGAAGCUCGCCAUACCGUGCCCGCCGCUCGCCAUGGGCCAGAGCGUCGGCGGCAAGGCCGACCUCGGCGAGCGCCUGGCCAAGAGCCUGCGCGAGGCCACGGCACGCUUCACGAGCAAGGACAGCAUCGCGCGCGAAGUCUUUGGCGACGACUUCGUCGACCACUUUGGCGGCACGCGCGAGAACGAGGUGCGCCUCUUUGACGAGGCCGUCACGGACUGGGAAAUGAAGCGUUAUAUAGAGACGGUGUAG